UUGACCUGCACAUGAUGGCUCAAGACUCCAAAGGGAUGAUGACGACCCGUCUACUGGGAUUGCUCUUGUGCUCCACCCUCUCUGUGGCGAUGUACACUUUGACCCCUGAAAGGGACGACAACGUGCCCCCGUUCCUGGACUUCGGUCGGGGCUACACCGCCCAGGCCGAUGACAACACCGCCCCUGCCGAUGACAACCUGUACCCCCCCAUGCCCCCUUUCCUCCCCGAGGAGAACGUCCACAGUCGCAGCGGUCUCCCCCCGAUGCUGCCUCCUGGCUUCACCGACUCCGGCAUGAACGGGACCGACAACUUGCCACCCGGUGAUUCUGUACUGGAACCAGACAUGUCGUACUGCCUGUUGCUACAGGAGGCGCCGAUCCCGCCCCCCAUGGACCAGGUGCCCUGGUUCUGUGUCUGCUCCCUCUGCAAGGCAUCUGUGGGACCCAAAGGAGACCAUGGAGACCGGGGCCUGCCAGGUAGUCCAGGAAGUCCUGGGAUGAGAGGACUGACAGGCUUCAGGGGUCGGCCUGGGUUUGUGGGUCACCAAGGACUGAAGGGUCAGAAGGGAGACGAUGGUGAGAAGGGAGAUCAGGGGCCCAUGGGUUUCAGAGGCCCAAAGGGUGACAUCGGCUUCAAAGGGGACAAAGGAGACCAGGGUCUGGAGGGACCACAGGGAGAAAUGGGACCACAGGGAGAGGCAGGGACUUGUCCAGCAUCCUGCCUAACUGUCCAGGGCCGUUCGGGAGAACCGGGGGUCCCUGGACCGGCUGGCCCCAGGGGUCUCCCCGGGAUUGUGGGUCCACCAGGGGCCAUCGGGCCCAAAGGAGUCACGGGAGACAUAGGUCCCCCUGGAGUUCAAGGGAAAGACGGCGCUAAAGGCGACCAAGGGCUGGAGGGCCAGUGUCACUGCACAGAUGGGAAAGACGGGAUAGACGGACAUCAAGGACCCCAGGGACCCAAGGGCGAUCACGGUCAGGCGGGUCCACAGGGUGUCAAGGGCCUCGCCGGUGAAAAGGGCGACCAGGGCGAAAUCGGAAUUGUGGGUUUGCCCGGGCCAUGCUCUCCGGCCAUCCAGUCGUCUUUCUCCGCCUCUCUCACUCAGGUUUUCCCGUCACCCAACAUGCCAGUGCCCUUCAGCCGGGUCAUCAACAACCAGCAGUCCCAUUUCAACCCGGCCCAGGGUGUGUACACUGCCCCCAUCAACGGCACCUACGUCUUCAGCUACCACCUAGUGGUGUCCACUAAGGUGCUGAGGGUGGGGCUGUUCCAUAACUACAACCCCGUCGUGAAGACCACGGAGCCCAACGAACUGGGCAUUGCCAGCCAGCAGGUGGUUCUCCACUUGGAUUCGGGCGACCGGGUGUGGCUGCAGGUGAAGGACGUCACCAGCAAUGGCUUGUACGGCGAUGCCGAGAAAAGCAGCACCUUUUCCGGUUUCCUGCUGUACCCCGACUCCUGCGACGUGCCCUUCUCCCGAGACUUUAAUCCACCAGGUUACGGAAACGACGAUAAUCAGAGUUAUAGCUGGGGGACGAUUGAGGGGCCAUUUGGGGAGAUGGUGGAAUCAACCCCCACCCCAUCGCCUUAGUUAUAGUCAGAAACAAAGACGCAAUAUUAACACACAAAGAAGUACACACACAAUCAGCACACUAAUACAAUAGCUAAGCAAGCAAAGUUUUCUGAGUAAACACCAACACUAUCUGUAUGUCAGGGCCCGUGCUGAAUGAACAGGACUGUUACAUCUAGUGUAAAAUCAAUCCAUCAAUCCAAAAAAUUAAGCAAAAUAACUUUUCCCACUAGUUUAA